AUGAGUGACAAUAUCGAGGCCGGUAGCGCUGCUCUUGCGCUCUUCCGUCUCGAGCUCGCCGAUCCUGAUCAAGACCUCUCCAUCCAAGAUGUUCUGGCUUCCCUAUCAUUCCCUCAAUUCUCCGACCUACCUCUCGAACUCCGCUUGACGAUAUACCGCUGUAUGUUCCCAAAAGCGCGUCGACUCGUCUUCUAUUUGCAGAAAAACCCUCCUGUAGAGAUGAUCUAUGUGGCGCCUCGGCCUCCCGUCACAUCCAAAGUCAACAAAGAAGCACGCGAAGAGACCUUGAAAGCAUACCACGCGGUGAAAGUCGCUCGCGGACUUUCUAGAUCAGCAUCACAGACCAUUCUGUGGAGUUCUGAGGUGGACAUUUUGCAGUGCGAUGUGCACAUAAUGAUUUACGACUUCAUACCCCGUCAUUUCGCGUGGCACGAAGCUCAAUGGACAGCAUUUGCCAAUUCAGUCAAGAACAUCGAACUAAUUUGCUUGAGGCCUGAACAUCCGAGGUCUUAUGCCAUUGUCUCUGAAAUGGUCGAUUCCGAUACUCUCAGAGAUUUCAGCAAUAUCCAACAAAUCACCUUACGAAGUCCUGACACCAACUGCUUAGCUAUGCAUGUUUGGUGUGAUCAGUUUGUUCAGUCUUUUUCUGCUUUCAGGGCAUCGAAAGUCAAGGAGAAUUCCCAUGUCUGCGACCCUAUCAUUACGAUCUGGAAGCAUUAAAUGGCGAAGGAGGUAUAGGAAAUGUAUCUUGAGAGCUGUUGUGGUAUGGGAAUGUGCUCCCACGGUCGUCUGGUCAGGCACACUGGCUGCAAUUGAAUUUCAUCGUGGUUGCUAAGGAUUGUUCUCGCGGCGUGGAGCUAUUUGCUACUGUACACAUUCCUGUAAUAUCAAAUUUGAAAAGAGAAAUGGAGG